AUACAUACAUAAUCCAUACAUACAUAGAAUUGGAAAGUUAGAAGCCCCCCCCGCAUCCGGCUCAACCGACUCCCACUCUAUAUAUAUAUAUAUAUCUGUUUUGCCUCCGUUUAUAUUCCCUUCAAUACAUUCCAGCAAAGUGAGAAGGUCGUUCCUUCGAAUACUCGAAUCCCUAACUAAGGUUCAGAUCCCACAUUUAGAGAAUGGGCGAGAAAAAAGAAGGCGCAAAGAAUGAGAGCGAAAAGAAGGCCGGCGCCGACGCCGGUGCCAAGAAAGACGAUGGCAUGACCACCGUCGUUCUGAAGCUUGACAUGCAUUGUGAGGGAUGCGCUAAAAAAGUCAAACGAGCCGUUAGAAGCUUUGAUGGCGUUGGAGACGUAAAGGCAGACUGUGCCACCAGCAAACUGACGGUGAAUGGGAAAGUAGACCCCGCUGCGCUCCGAGAGAAGCUGGAGCAGAAGAUCAAGAAAAAGGUUGAGCUCGUUUCUCCACAGCCCAAGAAAGAUGGUGGUGGCGGUGAUAAGAAGACAGAGGAGAAGCCGGAGAAAAAGCCCGAGGAAAAGAAGCCCAGCGCCGACGACAAGAAACCAAAAGAGGUUACGGUAGUUUUGAAGAUCAGGUUGCAUUGUGAAGGAUGCAUACAAAAAAUUCGCAAAAUCAUCUCCAAGUCCAAAGGAGUUGAAUCGGUGAAAAUUGACGAUACCAAGGAUUUGGUAACCGUUAAGGGAACCAUGGACGUGAAAGAGUUGGUUCCCUACCUCAGCGUGAAGCUGAAGAGGAGCGUUGAGGUAGUGCCGCCGAAGAAAGACGAAGGCGCCGGUGGCGGCGAGAAGAAAGACAAAGAAGGCGGUGGCGAUAAGAAAGAUGCCGGUGGAGACAAGAAAGCCGACAAGAAAGACGGCGCCGGAGGAGAAAAGAAAGAAGGCGGCGGUGAUAAAAAGGAAGGCGGCGGCGAUAAGAAAGAAGGCGGUGGCGAUAAGAAAGAAGGUGGUGGUGGCGCUGCUAAGAUGGAGGUGAACAAGAUGGAGUACUUUGGGUAUCCGUCGCACCAACCUUCUAUGUUCUGGUACGAUGCGCCUACACUACACUCUCACAACAACUACGUAAUGGAAGCUCAUGCGCACCAGGCGCACGUUAGUCAAGCUUAUACGCACCAGGCGUACCCGGGCUACGGGUCUAUGGUACCAGGGCAUCAGUACGAUGCUCCUCAGAUGUUCAGCGACGAGAAUCCCAAUGCGUGUUCAGUUAUGUGAUGUUGAGGGAUCAACGGCGGGUGAUUCAAAUAUUAAUUCAGAUCUAGAAUAUUAGUGCUUUAAUUAAUUUCUAAGAUGUAAAUAAAAAAAAUGGUAUAUAUGAGAUAUAUGAAAAGGAGAGAGAAACAAAAUAUAUAGAUGAAUUUUAGGGAUGGUGACAUUGUGAAUAUAAUUUUGGGAUGUGAUGGGUUUAGUCUAGGGACGUAGGGCAAUUGUUAGACGGCCGACUGGCCGGUGAAGCCGGUUCAUUUGUUGGGGUUGGUUGGUGGUGGUUGUUCUGUUAUGUGGUUUUGUCGCUUUGUCUUCUGUAAUCAAAAUUUUCUGCUUAUUUUUUUUAUAUAAUAAAAAUAUAUUAGCUCUUGAUUUAAA